ACGGAUCGCCCUGCACAUCGAUUUAACCGCUGUUCAACCCUUACGGGCAUUUGUCGGCUGCAUGUCCGAAGGCGCCGCCCAAGAUAGCGCAGGCUCGAGCUCGAACGCGGCCCUGCUGUACGGAAGCAACACCGACAACCUCUACGGGGUGAUCGACAGGGACAACGUGCACGGCCUGAACCUGAGCGUGCCUGAGGACGCCAAAGCCGUAAUCAAGAGCUGGGACGAGAGGGAGGAGACGACCAAGUUUGCGGACUCCGGCGUAGACGACCAGCUGGUCAUACACAUCCCCUUCACCCAGAACGUCAGGAUAAAGUCACUCUUACUGAAACUCGGCAGGGGCGAGCACACACCACGCCAUCUUCGCAUCUACGCGAACCGCCACACGAUCGUCGACUUUGAUGACGCAGAGACGAUCAAACCGCACCUGAACAUCAGCCUGCUAGAGGGCCAGGCCGGCGUGACGGAGUACCCGCUGCGAGUGGCCGCCUUCUCGAGCAUCAACACGCUCUCGCUCUUUUUCCCGCCCGCUCACAUCACAUCGCUUUUAUGUGUGCGCGUGCAGAGUGACGCCACGGGUGGGGAGACGACCCGCAUCUAUUAUAUCGGUUUCAAAGGCGACAUCCGCGCCCCCCACAAGGACGCGAACAGCGCGCUGGAGAUACCCGCGGCCAACGCAGCCGACGCACCGAUCGUAGACCGGCUCGCCGAGAAAGGCAGCCAGCAGACGACCGCGCGAUGAUUCAGAAAGCGGCGUAGGCUUUUCUCGUCGACCGAGGUGCAACCGCGAGGGCCCGCGCGUUUUCUGAGAUGGGCGGUGAACGUUAACCCUUGCGACCUUCGGGUAGAAGCGCGGUGCAGGGACGAUGGUGUGUAUGCUUCUACUUAUGGAAGGAAGAUGUGUGUUUUACUCGUGUAUAAUGCAACAAAGAAUGCCCG